CCUCUGGUUUAUUUUCUGAUUUCAGUGAUGAGGCUAACCAAGCCUACUUUAUUCACUAAUAUCCCGGUGACUUGUGAAGAGAGAGACUUGCCAGGCAAUCUAUUUAACCAGCUCAUGAAAGAUGAUCCUUCUACUGUAAAUGGAGCAGAAACUUUGAUGCUAGGAGAAAUGCUGACUUUGCCUCAGAAUUUUGGAAACAUAUUUCUGGGAGAGACGUUUUCCAGUUACAUUAGUGUACAUAAUGAUAGCAAUCAAAUUGUCAAGGACAUAUUGGUAAAGGCUGAUCUUCAGACAAGUUCUCAGCGCUUGAACCUUUCAGCUUCCAGUGCUGCAGUGGCAGAGCUUAAACCUGACUGUUGUAUUGAUGAUGUGAUUCAUCAUGAAGUAAAGGAAAUAGGAACACACAUCUUAGUUUGUGCAGUGAGUUACACUACACAGAUUGGAGAGAAGAUGUACUUCAGAAAGUUCUUCAAAUUUCAGGUUCUCAAACCACUAGAUGUGAAAACUAAGUUCUACAACGCUGAGAGUGACCUCAGUUCUGUGACAGAUGAAGUGUUUCUGGAAGCUCAGAUUCAGAAUAUCACUACCUCUCCAAUGUUUAUGGAGAAGGUUUCUUUAGAGCCAUCUAUUAUGUACAACGUUGCAGAACUGAACACAGUUGACACGGCAGGGGAAAGAGAGUCUACUUUUGGCUCAAGGACUUAUUUACAGCCUAUGGAUACACGUCAAUAUUUAUACUGCCUAAAGCCAAAGCAGGAAUUUGCAGAGAAAGCUGGAAUAAUAAAAGGUGUAACAGUGAUUGGUAAACUAGACAUUGUAUGGAAAACAAAUCUGGGUGAACGAGGAAGGUUGCAAACUAGCCAACUCCAAAGAAUGGCUCCUGGUUAUGGCGAUGUAAGGCUUUCUCUGGAGACAAUACCAGACACCGUAAAUUUGGAAGAACCUUUUGAUAUUACAUGUAAAAUAACAAAUUGCAGCAGUGAGAGGACUAUGGAUCUGAUUUUAGAGAUGUGCAAUACUAAUUCCAUCCACUGGUGUGGAGUUUCAGGAAGACAGCUUGGAAAGCUACACCCAAGUUCAUCCCUCCAUCUUGCACUUACGUUAUUGUCUUCAGUGCAGGGACUGCAAAGUGUCUCUGGCUUAAGACUUACAGACACAUUUUUGAAGAGAACAUAUGAGUAUGAUGACAUUGCACAAGUCUGUGUAGUUUCUUCAGAAGUCAAAAAAGAAAGCUGAAGUUCUAUAAACAUGUCUGCUGGCCUUUUUUGGACCAACCUUCUAUGGUUUUGCAGCUGAAUCAUAUUAAAACAUGUAAAAACAAAACCCCAAUAUAUCCAUAAGCAUAAGCAUGCUUAUUUAAUUUCUCUGAGCAUUUUUGGAAUGUUUUAAAAUCUUUUAACAAGAUGCGUUUACAUUUUAUCUAUUGAAAAUAAAGCCUUUGAAAAAAGAGCAGCUCUGGCAAAUUAUACUGCAUUAACAGCAGCUUGCAGGGGGAAAGAUAUUCAUAUGGAAUUUCUCUGAGAUAAUAGUACUUUGUGUUACUUUUGUUAGUAGUUUUAAAUAUUCUGAAAUUAUUCAAACAUUUAAGAACAAAAUUGUGCGUCUGACAGAACUGCUUCAGUUGAAGGACCUGGCCUGUUAUAGACAAGCUCCUAGAAUCCAACCCCCUAAAGAAAUACCACUGGGCCUCUGAAGAGUCAGGCUGUUUGCAUGGUACACGCAUAGCCAUGAGGACUAGAGCAGCAUAAAGGCAUGAGAUGAGAGAGGUACAGCAGCUGGUUUUGGCACUAUUGGGAUGCUAGUAGCUAGAAAGGAAAGUAUCAGCCAAAGAGCGUGCUGACUGUGGCUCAGCCAUUGGGGAAGGGUAAUACAGCAAAUCUGUCUCAUUAAGCUGCAGACUUGUGCGCAGGGUAAGCAAAGAAACUUCAUGAGAAUUGUGCAUCUUUGGGAUAUAGGGUAUGCUGUGAAAGGGUGCACAAUUCACAAGUAUUUGAGAAUUAAAGAUAGUACCAGAACUCAGACAUUUUUAAUUGUUAAAUUGAGGUGGUACAAACUGCUCCUCCCACUUCAGAGGCAUUGGGGGCACGUUCCUGAGGGAAACUAGGAAGAACCCUAUGCAUCUGCUGUAGAUCAAGUUUCUUCCCCAAAGCAAGUGCAGGAAGGAAUUCAGGACUUCUUUAAGCACCGAAAUGUACUUUGCCCUAGCUUUGUUUUUGACAAAAGACUGAAAUGUUUUUCCUGAAGUAUCCAAGGUCACCCAAAGGUAGCCACUUAAUACAGAACGCUAGAAAAGUUGGUCACUAAAGUAGCAUUUACAAACAUGCCAUAAUAAAGAGUCAACUCACUGUCCUGACAAAUUUUUCAGCUGCCAUAUUGGCAUUUAGCAACCUUAGUUUUGAAAGUAUUUACUUUAAAUCCAGUAUUUUAAAAAUGGGUUCUACACUUAAAUUUUCCCAGAUAUAACAUCUUUAAAAAUUGGAUCGAUAAAGGGAAUGAGCCUAUACGAAGCAAAAAGAAAACAAGAACUAAAACCAUAUCCUGCAUAUCUAAUAAAACGCAGCAACCAACAUAAGCAGGCAUUUAAAACAACUGAUGUAAAGCUGUUAAAAGUUGUAUUUAGAAGCUGGUUGCAGAUACAUCAACAAACUAAAACAGAGCAAAACCACAACUAUCCACACAAAAAAUGUAAAUAGCUUUAUUUAUAAUCUGUUUUCAAGUUAAAUGACACAAGUUAAAGGAGAAUACAACCAUAUGGUAGUAAGAGGUAGGAGAGACACAGAAGUGGCAGGCAAACUGCAUUUUGCCAGUAUAACUUAUGUGACUAUCUGUAGCCCUCAAGCAGAGUGUGAAGUUUCCUUCGGAAGUUUGACUAAUUCUUUCUCAGUAUGAAUGAAUGAUUUGUCAGGCAAACUACUAUGCAAAAAUUACAGGAAUUAGUUACAGUUAAUAUAGGUUUUUAUAAAUGAAACCAACUGCAACCUUGCCUAUGAAGAAGUUAACUUUUUAAUUAUUACAAAACCAAAAAGUACCACUGAAACUACUUCUAUGCUGAAUAUUUAAUUAGAUGUUUUUCUGAUCAGGUACAGUUAGAAGAAUAUACUUCCAUGCAAGCUAGUUACAGGAGUUUACAAUUCAUGAGUGCAAAAUGUUUUCUUCUCUAAACAAUUAUCAAUGAAUCACAUUUAUUUGCUGAUAGAAUAGUAAUGAUACAAAGAGAUUUUAAAUGCAUAUUUAUUCAGUUAAAUGAUAAACUGCAAUUGACCUCAAAUUAAAGCACUGUUUACUUGGAUUGUUGUUUACCACUUGGAUCUACCAGGAUGAAAAAUUUGAGUGCAAAAUAAGGUGCAGUUAUUACACAGGAAAAGAUUCCUUCCUGACCCUGUGAUUAAGACGUAUUGCAUGGCUUUGUGAAACAAACCAGCCUAUUCAAGGCAAAACAGAUUUUAACAUAAAUGGUCCUUCUGUUCCUGGAUUCAGAUGGAAAAGCAUGUAAUGACAGCUACUGUUACUAGGUUUUUUUCACUUUUUUUUUUUCCUUCCUCAGGCUAUAAAGCCCUUUCUGUUAAUAUACAGAAAACACAAUGUUUAUAAGUUAAGUAAGUACUGUGUCAAUGGUAGCACAUUCCUAAAGGGUUAGCUAGUGCCAUCAAAGUUGUAGUAAAUAUUCUGGUUACAUAUAAUCUGUAAAAUGUAAAUUUGACAACAUUAUAGUAUGUGAAAUGGAAAUUACCACUUUACAAAGAUGAUCUCAAGAGCCGUUUGCAGCAUAGUUAACCAAUAUUUUACCUUGGGGAUAGUUCUGCCAUAAAUCCAUUAAGCUAAUAGGCUGUAUAUAUGAACAAUAAAAAUAAAAGGAGGAAGAAGUAUAUUUACCCAAGACAGAACAUCCUCUACAGCCAGUCACUUUUUUAUUCUCAUAUGUUAAAAUUCUUAAGGAACUAUCAGUCAAGGGGUUCUUGAUACUCCUACUAGUUUGAAGUAGGAAGAUAACCAAUGACAUGAAGAUUACUUUCAGAAAGCAAAGGUAAAUUGAGUGUGAUAGCUCAAGUGCUGUCCAGUCCACCCUGUGUUCAUUGGUUCCCCUUACCAAUGUUAGAAUUCACUUUAAGCAGUUGAAAAUAUAACGGAGAAGAAGAAAAAAUGAAAUUUAAUUGGAUGCAUGUGAUAGGAGUGAUGCUGCUCUCUCGUGACAGAACAUGCUGGAGCAGUUAUCUUGAAGCGAUUAUAUGCAGAGUCUGAACUACCUCUGAAGAAAGAUUAGGUUUAGCAAUUCUCUUUGUCAUCAUAUGUGAAGUUAGAAGUUGUUAUUUGAAAAUGCAUUUAAUCUUUACAUAAUUAUUUCUACAGCAUCAAAAAAUGCAGCUACAGCAAUUUCUAGAGAGAGUAAAAGAGAACAGCAUUUUAAUGAGAAUUUAAUAGUUUAAGACACUUUAUUCAACAGUUUGCCUAAAUUUAAGUCAUUUGAUUAAGAUUUAAAUCUUUAUUCAACAGAUGUUAUUAUAGAUUUCCUAUUUUUCUCCUGGAUCCCAUUCCAUUUUUUUUCCAUUUUAAUAGCUACAAACUCAUAUAAUAGAUGCAAAAACUAGCAUCUGUUAGAGUCAAGUACCUGACUUAGCCCCAAAUUUUUUGACUGCAAGAUGAAUCAGAUAGAUAGAUAAAAUAUGAGGUCCAGCGUUUCCUGUGACUUUCUCCAUUUGGGAGUCUCUGCUGUCACUCCUUCUCAUGCUUCUUUCAGGCUAGCUAGCCAGCAGAGAUCACUUUGUAUUAGGAAUCAAAGCAGGCUCCUCAAAUUAGUAUUGAUAUACAAAAAGGCAAUUGUGUAUGUUGAUAAUCUCCCUAAAGUUGAAAGCAAUGCAAAUGGCAAGUAGAAUAAAAGUAGGUAAUAAAAAAAAAAAAAA